GAGGAUAUAAUGAAAGGAGUUCCGGCCAAUGUACCUGGAUAAUGUUGGAUUAAAAUGUCAAAUCUCGUCUGCUUUCCCAGAAAUAUACACAUUACGUAUCAGAGCAGUAGUUGAAAAUGGCGGGGAACAUUGAAUUGCUUAACAGGGGAGAAUACUCCCCUCUGGCGAUCUCCGAUAACUCAGCCCUGACCGACAUUGAGUCACCGGAGGCUUCACCUGCCCUUAGAACAAAAAUGACGUCAUCUCGAAACGCCAAUUCAAUCACGGAUGAUGGUGAUAUUGUGUUUAUAACGUCAAUAACUUCUGAAACAGAUCCAGAACCACAGGAUUUACGUCAUGUGAAACGAAGACCCAAAAAAUGUGACAAAUCUGCGGGAGAUUCCACCCACCGGAAGAGUGUCAGAAACCUGGUUCGCCGCCGCCUCAGCAGCUUUCACGAACAGAUUCCCGUCAAAAUUCAAAACUUCCUCCUAAAAUAUACUCUAUUUUUCUUUAAUUUUUUAUCAUGGUUAGGUGGACUUGGGGCAGUGGGAGUCGGCACAUGGCAGCUAACAGACGACCAGAAGGUUAUCACGGACGCAGUUGACUUUGUCCUUGACCCAUUUAUCAUCCUCUGCAUUAUUGGUGCUAUCACAUUCACAAUUGCCUUUCUUGGUUGUGUCGGUGCUAUAAGGGAACAUAUUCUGAUGCUAAAAUCUUUUUAUAUUUGUCUUUCGAUCGUACUGGUGAUAGAGUUAGUCUGUGGGGUCUUGGUCAUUGUGUGUUAUACCGAGCCUGCUGCCAGAGACUUUUUACGCCUCACCCCAGAAACGCUACUGAAACGCGCCAUACUGCAGUACAUGGAGGAUAAAAGCAUUAAAAAACUGAUGGAUACCAUUCAGCGACAGUUUAACUGUUGUGGUAUCAGUGCUACAGAUGAGGGAUAUAAGGACUGGCGACUCAAUAUGUACUACAAUUGCACGGAAGAGAACCAAAGUAUAUUCCGAUGCGCCGUGCCGGAGUCCUGCUGCAUUUAUUAUCCGGGUGAACGAAUGAACACAAUGUGUGGUUUUGGGAAAACAGACAAAGACUUAAGCGAGGUGCAGUCCUGGAUCUACACUCGCGGCUGUGUGAAGGGUUUUGGAGAGUGGUUAUCUAAACACGAGUAUAUAAUUCUACUCACUUCGUGUAUCGUCAUGUUUAUGCAAUUUCUUGGAGUAAUAUUCGCCAGAAUUUUCUCAAAGAGAGUAGAAAGACGAAUCAUGUGGCGGAACUUACAUCAUCAUACAGACGAGAGCUAACCUUUAAUUAGCACAGUAACAGAUUAAUUAUCGACUCUGUCGUACAAUCAGUUCCAUAUUGAACACCUAGUUAAUUAUGCACA